AUGCAAUCGACUACGCCCAUCCUGCGAGGCCUGUCAGACGCUGUUCCCAAGAAGCGUGGGCCAAAGACGGACGUGCUGGAAGCGCUCUUGAAGAGAGUCGAUGGUCUGGAAGCAAAGUUGAAGGAGAAGAACGCAGGGGAAAAGACCCCGACCACUCCGACCACUGCGGGCCUCAAAGACGAAGACGCUUCGCGAUCAGAAGACAGCCCUGAGGAUGACCCCAAUCCUAACCCCAAACGCCUGGCACUGGACACCAAAAUUGACGCCGAUGAAUCAGCCGUUUAUUCGCCUGCCCCGGCAAGUGAACCCUCGCCGCCCAGCGUCCAGCCCGAUGCAUUAUUGGAUACAUACUUCACAAGAUUCCACUCCAAGCCAUAUCACAUCUUGGACGAAUCUUCCGUUCGGCAGCGGCUUCAGUUAAACCAACUGCCAAAUUAUUUAGUUCAUGGCAUAUACGCUGUUGCUGCGAGAUACACGCCUCAUCCAAGUGGAUACCAAUCAGCUGUUCACCUGAGCGAAGAGUUUGCUUCACGCUCCAGGGCCGAGAUUGAUACAGAUGAGCCUUCAGUUGACGCCCUUCAGGCACUGCUUCUGCUCGUCAUUGCCUUUACUGCAGCAGGCAAAGGCAAAAAGGCGUAUAUGUUGAUGACAAAUGCAGUGGGCAUGGCAAUGGCUCUUGAGACUCACCGCGAGCUGGACAACAACGCCCGGGUCACUCCCGUCGAGCGAGAAAUGAGGCGGAGACUAUUCUGGACGUGUUAUCUGCUUGACCGAUUUCUGGCGUGCGGUUCGAAGCGCCCCUCUCUCAUCGGCGACAAGGCCAUCCUCCUCCGGUUGCCAUGUUGGUCGCCCAAUCCUUCCGUCCCCCCGAUGGAUGGAGAGUUCUUCCAACCCGGAUCCAACUUGCAGUUUCUCCAGGGCAGCGGGAAGAAGUCUCAAGGGAGCACUGGAAUGCUCAUCGACAUCAGCCGUAUCCUUGGUAUCACAAACCGUUACCUGGCGGCAGGAGGUGUGAAGGGCGACUCCCACUUCCCGUGGCACUCGCUGUCGAACCUGUCCAAAAUUCGCCAAGACUUGGAUAUCUGGGCAUCCGGCACUGAAGAUGUCUUCUCGAGCCUCGACACGCUCUUUGGCCAACCCGACUCAACGAUUCUGGUACUGAGCAAGCUUAUAUACCACCUCAUUCACUGCCUUAUUUACCGGCCCUUUCUGCCUAUCGACCUCGCCGAGCUUGCGGGAACCGGACAGCACCAGUCUUGGCAGAUUGAAGCGACGAACAUGUGUUUCUUGCACGCCAACGCCAUCUCCGAACUGGUGGAACUUGGAAAACAGACUGGCACGAUCGAAUGGCCGGCGUUUGUAGGAUAUUGCAUCUGCACCGCCGGCACAGUUCAUAUCCACGGCGCCCACUACAACAAGAACGGAGGUGGCGAUUCGACUGUUUUCGGUAUGUCGGCGGACUUUUUGUCUCGGGAGAUGCAACAGUUGAGCGAGCUGCGAUACGCCUGGGCUAGCGUCCAGCAUCAGAGGGAGACGCUUCAGGGCAUCUAUAACGCUCAUGCAGAGCUGGUCAAGAGCCUCGGGAACAACGCUAUGCGGCACUCUCCAGCAUUCCACCUUGAGGACUUUUUUGACCGGUACUCCAACAUUGGCGGACCGGGCGGGCAGACCUUCAACUUCGAUGCGGCGAACCUGAGUCUUUCUGAUAUCGUCGUCGACUUCACUACAGAUACGUACACAGGUCAUGACCUGUACGCGCCUCGCGCAAACAGCAUGCACGAACAAGAGCGGCCCAGUUUGAAGCGAAAGAACACGGCUCCGUCCGGCCGGAAGCGCCCAGAUGGCAAAGUACUCUCGCCGCUCAGCAUCACCCGCAUGGCGUCUCCUCAUGGCCUACCGACGCCGUCUCAUACUCGCCAUUCGUUUUCACAUCACACACCAACAAUGGCCGCCCACCCCUCCCCGGGGCUGCUUGCAACACCCGUCUCUCUGCCUCCACACCCCGAGGCGAUGGAGCACCAUUCAAUACCUGUAGCUCACGGCCGCUACGAUGAAGUAGCAGCCAAUAAUGCGGCUGUGGCGGCAGCUGCGGCCGCUGGGUUCUCGCUCGGGCAUCAGCCUCACCAUCAGAGCAACAUGCCUGCACAUCCCUCAUCCUCCUUCCCUCCUCAAUUCAGCUUCGCCACUCCUGGUCAAAGCGGGAGCAACGAGGGAGGCGGCACUUACGAUCCUAUGUUUGGCAGCUUGCCCACGAACGCGUUCAGUAGCCCAGCGGCCUGGCACGGCGAUGAUGGAGGAAACAAAGCGGCGGGGAUUGCCGCGCCUAGUCCAGGGACCAAAAGCAACAACGGCAGUACGGGUACUGGUCCGGGCGAAGAGAAGGACCCCUUUCUAAGUCUACUAGAGCACCUUGCGGACAACGAGCAUCAGAUCACACGAGGCCCCGGCAGUGAGCUCGACUUCUUCUUUAGCGGCACCGGAGCAACACAGUGA